ACAAACGCAUUAUGAUCAACACCAAGAGCACGGUGAACGGUGUGGCCGUUAUCGUGGCCCUGUUCUCGGUCCUUGCCGAAGGCAGUCCGAUCGGGAAAAGCGCCGAGGGCUGCUCCAUCCUGAUCAACGGCGGCCUCGCCGAGCCCCAGCCGCUGAUCCUGAAGCCCGGUUUCGGGGGCGGCUACGUCAUCCCCGAGGAAACGGGUACCGGAAGCGUGACCCUCGCGGUUGGCGAGUCCCUGCGGCUUGUCUGCCUGGGAAACAGCUUCGACCUCGAGACCAGCUCGCCGGUCGAAGACGCGAACGUGACCUGCGUCGGGGGCACGACCUUCACCUUCGACGACCUCGGCAUAACGGAGGAAUUCGAGAACAUCGCUUGUCUGAGCUACCCGACGCACACCGCGAGGCGAACGGGGGUUGCCUGCCCGAACGGCGAGGUCUGCGAGAUCGGUUUCGACCUCGGGGACGGUGACUUCCAGGAGCUGAUCACCCUCUGCCACGACGACGUCGAGCAGAACACGAUCCUCGCCCACGCUAAGGUUCCGGCGGUGAUCGACGCCGCCCAGACCUCAUUCCCGCGUCCCGGAUUCGUCAAGGGUGACUUCUACGUCGGCGUAUCAAUGGCCAACAUAUACACCAGGGUUAACCAGCGCGCGACCCUCGCCGGGAUAAUCGGCAGCGAGGAACUCGCCCUCGAGUACCUUCCCGCAUCGGGUACCUACUACUGGGCGAAGGGUCACCUCGUUGCAAAGACGGACCUGAUCUACGGUGCCCACCAGCGCUCGACCUUCUAUUACUUGAACACCGUGCCGAUGUGGCAGAACAUCAACGCCGGCAACUGGGGCAUCGUCGAGGCGAACCUCAAGAACCUGGCGACCAACAGGGACGUCGACCUUGACGUGUGGACCGGAUCGACGGGCGUUCUGACGCUCGCCGACGUGAACGGGGAUCAGCAGGAGAUCUACCUCUACGUCGACGAGAACAACAACCGGGCAGUACCCGUACCGAAGCUGCUCUUCAAGGUCGUCUGGGAAGAGAGCUCGGGACUCGGAGUCGCGUUCGUUACCGUAAACAACCCCUACCUCGAGGAACUCGACGACGAGCACGUCAUAUGCACCGACGUCUGCGACCAGAUAUCCUACCUUACCUGGAACCCCACGCGCAGCGACCGGGGUCUCAGCUACUGCUGCGAGGUCGACGAUUUCCGGAAAGCCUUCCCAGACAUACCCGAGUUCACAACCACCGGGAUUUUGGCUUGAAAUCAUUCUCUUCCUCGGCCGCGACUGAUCCGUUAGCCUCUGAUUCGUCUUUUUAGCCAGCCGAUCCCUUUCAGUCGAACUCGGGCUAUUUGACGAACGGUUCUAGUCGUGAGUCAAGAAGAAUGUGGGGGGCAAAUGCUCAAAUAAAUUGUUCGAAUUAUUAUUCAAGCCGUAA